GUAUUUUAUUACAGCCUAUGUGUUCUAAAAAGGAAGAAAAAUACAAUCACGAGGAUCCACUUUUAUAGACAAUAUACCAACUCACAGACAAGGCAUUCCGCAAACAAAACAACCCUUGUAAUAUCAUCUGGAAUUAUUGAACUUUUUGUUGAAAACAAAUAUUUGAAUGGGAAUUGACUGUCACUGUAUCCCCUCCUCAUGAAGAAAAGCACAUGAGCUAAUUUAUGAAGCAGCAUACAAUAAGUUGUUUGGACUCCCCGUUGUUGUGCUGUGCUCACUUGAACAGGAAGGUGGGGCAGUCCUUCUUGUAGACAAAUAUUGCCAUCAAAGGUGUUUCAAAACAACUGGGAACUCAGGAACAACAAGGUCAAAUCAUGAGCUCUAAAAUGCAGAAGAAAAUAAUAAUUGAGUAGUCCUUCAAGCACUACCAUAAACAGAGUGACUGUUGGGGAUGAUUAAAAAGGAUCUCUCUCAAUGUAAGCCUUCACAAGGCAAAAUGAAAUCAAACCCUGACAUUUAACCACACUCAAAUGACAGGCAUCAUGGGUAAUUAUGCAUUUCACCUGAUGUCAGUGCAGGCUCUUUGACCACAAAGAGACAUUCAAAAGCCUGUCAUGUGGCCACAUCUGAUCUGUGUGAAAGGGGCGUUUAAAUGGGGGAUUUCCAGUGUGGGGGCAUGGUUUCAGGUAGCCUACACCUAUUACACAUCAAAUGUUCCCCUUCAUCCAUUUUCACUAUUUCAGUAAAUCAUUUUUUUGUGGUGAAGUUGUAAUGUAGGCCUAAUGAAUUACAAAACAAUGAUAUCCUGCCUGUUUGGCCUUGUCCGGGGGUAUCGACGGACGGGACCUCAGUGUCUCCCGACCCUUCCUGUCUCAGCCUCCAGUAUUGUGUCGGGGGCUAGGGUCUGUCUGUUAUAUCUGGAGUAUUUCUCCUGUCUUAUCCGAUGGCCAGUGUGAAUUUAAGUAUGCUCUCUCUAAUUAUCUCUCUCUUUUUCUCUCUUUCUUUCUUUCCUUCUUUCUCUCUCUCUCUGAGGACUUGAGCCCUAGGACCAUGCCUCAGGACUACCUGGCCUGAUGACUCCUUGCUGUCCCCAGUCCACCUGGUCGUGCUGCUGCUCCAGUUUCAACUGUUCUGCCUGCAGCUAUGGAACUCUCUCGAGUUCAACUCUCUGGAGACAGCAGGAGUGGUAGAGAUACUCUGAAUGAUCGGCUAUGAAAAGCCAACUGACAUUUACUCCUGAGGUGCUGACCUGUUGCACCCUCUACAACCACUGUGAUUAUUAUUAUUUGACCCUGCUGGUCAUCUAUGAACAUUUGAACAUCUUGGCCAUGUUCUGUUAUAAUCUCCACCCUGGAAAGCUAGAUGAGGACUGGCCACCCCUCAGAGCCUGGUUCCUCUCUAAGUUUCUUCAUAGGUUCUGGCCUUUCUAGGGAGUUUUUCCAAGCCACCGUGCUUCUCCUGCAUUGCUUGCUGUUUGGGGUUUUAGGCUGGGUUUCUGUACAGCACUUUGUGACAUCAGCUGAUGUAAGAAGGGGUUUAUAAAUACAUUUGAUUGAUUAUCAUUCAUCAAGGCUCCGACUGGCAGGUGGAAGUUCAAUCAUGGAACUUUAGUCUUACAGGUGUUUUAAUGAUGUAUCUUUCCUACAACUGCCGAUGAUGUAACACGCGUUUCCCAAAACACCACGCAGAAAGAACGUUCAUUACGUGAGUUGUUCAAUACACCUACUGAUAGGAUCGAAAGAAAGUCAGCGCUGCUCUCUGAUCACGUUUCUCCAUCCAAAUCUUACGUUAACAUUAGAAUUAUUCCACAAUACUGAAGACGAUUCAGCUCGUAGAGGGAGGGAUAUUAUCACCUAAUGGCUGCGAAUAUUGAGGCGGCUUAUUCUAAUGCUUACACUAUAAUAAUGGACUCAAUCACAGAUUAAUUUGGCACAUCAUUGUGCACAUGUUGUUACAAAUCAUGAAAUAUAUUUAGCAAAUAAUCGUCAGUGUAGCUUACAAAUAGAACUCAAUUGACUGAACAUUACAUUUAUUUCAAUAUGAUUAAAAUAUAUAGGCCUGUUUAAUGCAGUCAUCUCAGUUUUAAUUUUAAGCAUAUAUUUAUCCUUUGCUUGUUCAUUUGCAAAGACAUUGUCAACUUUGCAUUUUAAGUCAACUUUGUUCCCAAGUUAUCUGCGGUCCCAGAGACAGCUUGAUUAUAUGUUUAUAAAUCUUCUGUGUAUAAAUUAACGCGGAAGGGCAAAAAAUAAUCUUACAACGCACUUAGUUGUUUUACGAAUGGUCUGAGAGGCGUCUGUAAAUAACAAGCGUUUUCAAGUGCAACUUUACUGACGAUGGUUUAGGGAAACAGCUCGGAAAUGUAACGAUGUCGAUGUUCCUACGAAGGUUCUAACGAUGAAUUUGGCUCUAAUAUGCUUUGGGAAACCGGGCCCAGUCUGUUAGAAAUGUUGAUUAGGACAACGAGCCCUAUCAAAGGAACCGAAAAUCCAACGACUCCUCCUCCGUCACGCCACCCUCUCAUCACAUCUGUCCGUCGCAACCGUGACCUCGUCCUACGAUUACCGUUUGUCGCAAAACUCAGUAGCUGAAGAACAAACAGCAAUGAACAUUUCAUCUUCGAACCCAUCCAGUUACAAAUAUGAGGAUUACAGGGAGACAGCUGAUUGGUUGCUGUCUCACACUGAGCAGAGGCCUAAAAUAGCCAUCAUCUGUGGUUCCGGCCUCGGUGGUCUUGCUGACCUGCUGGACAACAAGACUGUGUUUCCUUACAAGGACAUCCCACACUUCCCCAACAGCACAGGACAUGUCAGUCAGCUGGUAUUUGGGGAGCUGCAGGGGAAGCAGUGUGUCUGCAUGCAGGGCCGCUUCCACUUCUACGAGGGCUAUGACAUUGCCAUGGUGACGUACCCAGUCCGAGUGUUCUUCCUGCUGGGGGUGGAGACCUUAAUCAUUACCAAUGCUGCUGGGGGGCUGAACCCCAACUUUAAAGUGGGUGACAUCAUGCUGAUCAAGGAUCACAUCAACAUGCCUGGCUUUGCAGGCCACAACCCACUGUGUGGUCACAACGAUGAAAGGUUUGGAGUCCGUUUUCCCUGCAUGUCGGACGCCUAUGACAAAGACCUUUCUAGUCUGGCCAAAGAGACUGCUGAGGAGCAGGGCUGUUCCUCCUUCAUCCAGCAAGGUGUGUACUGCAUGAUGGCAGGUCCCACCUUUGAGACCAUCGCAGAAUGCAGAGCCCUCCAGAAACUAGGCGCAGAUGCUGUGGGCAUGAGUACAGUCCCCGAGGUGGUGGUGGCCCGUCACUGUGGUCUCUGUGUCUUUGGCCUGUCUCUCAUCACCAACAAGGUGGUCACAGACUACAAUAGCCAGAAGAAGGCCAACCACGAUGAGGUACUGGAGACCACAGGAAUGCGUACUCAGGACCUACAGAGGAUGCAGCACCAGCAGUAUCUGCAGACUGCAACCACCCUUGUAAUCAGUGCUGGAAUAUGAAUGAAUCAGCGAAUGCCCUGUGUGAGCUGCAUAAGCACCAGGGAGUGAGAACAGGCUAGGGCCCCCGUUACUCUCUAUUAACAGACAAGAUAAUAGUCACUCCAAGAUACAUUCAUGAGGGCAUUUCAGUUGUAAGGUUCUGUGUUUAUUUUCUUAGUCAACCUUGUGUUCUGUUUCGUUGUGUUCUUGAACGUUGCCGUGUCUUUCAUUUUUAUUCAUUGAUUUCACCUGUGUGAGUUACUCACCUGGUCUCAUCAGCUCCUUAUUUAGUUCAGUUCAUUCUGUUUGUGCCUUUGUGAGGUAUUGUUCGUUUUGACUCUACUAAGCCUUUUCCUAGUUUGUUUGUGAGAUCCAGUUAUAGCCUUCAGUCCUAGUAUUGAAUCACCUGCCUGUUUGCCUACCUGUGUAUGACCAUUGCCUGCAUGUGACCACGAUUCCUGCCUUCUGCAAAAUAAACACCUGUCACGCUCUGCGCGUGAAUCUACA